AUGGCCAAGGUGUUUGGACAAGCAACCAACGGAGCCAUAAAUAGUAAAAAUCGCCUUAAGAACAAUGGAAAGGACUACAAGUAUAUUCUAAAGGCAAUGCGCAACGUCUCCCCGUUGCGUUUCCUCCAUGGCAAAUUUCGUGAGCUUAUCCCUGGCAAGGGUUCCGCUGCUACUCGAGGAAGAAAACCGAAUGCAGGAAUUGGCACAGCGGAAAGGGUGGCUUUUUUAAAAAUGCUCUUUUGCGUCUCAGGUAUUUACAUUUGCUUUGCUCUGUGGUCUAUUAAACAAGAGCGUCUUAUGACUAAACCGUACACACGUUACAUCUCUGAAGAGCAGCGGUGGGAGCAGAAAAUGUUUCCAUCUGUGCUUGGGGUGGGGUUUUGCCAGUCUCUUAGUGGGGUAGUGUGUGCUACUUUGUUUAUGGCUCUGAGCUCGAUCUUUUUAACGACAAAACCAAAGGCCACGAACUCCGGUAUUGCACAGGCUAGUUAUGGGAAAAGAGGAAGAUCUCAGGGUAACUGCGUUAGCACGGCUUCAUCAAAUUUGCUGACAGCCAAGUUUUCGAAAUUGCAGAAUGCCCAGCAUAUUGUCAUCAUUGGCCUUUUUGGGCUCAUCAGUACGGCAUUUGGGUACUUCUCGAUGCGGAUCUUACCUUACCCGGUUGUCUUGGCGGCAAAAAUGUCGAAGAUGCUCCCGGUGAUUGUGGUAGGCUUUCUCUGGCACGGUACACGUUAUUCAUUCGAUAAAAUAGCAUCCUGUUUUCUGAUUACGAUUGGCAUCCUCUGCUUCUACUUUACCGAAGAGCUGUCGGAAAAGCAAAAGGUAGUACAUUCUGGCUUUAACUCGACGCAAUCGACUAGAGCACGUGAAGACGACGAUGCUUCACGUUUUUUCCUUUUGGGUCAGAUCGGUUUUGUGUUACUAUUUUUCAGUCUCACUCUCGAUGGGUUUAUCAGCGCUACGCAGGACGUGCUCGUGAAGCAGCAGAAGUGGUCUGGACCGAAACUCAUGCUGUUUGGAAACCUUUCUUCCGCCUUAUGGGCGCUUACAUUGAUGCUGCUUUUAGAGUAUGUCGAGCCAUUGGGCAUGGUUUGUUCCUCCGUCAUGAGUGUCUUUCCAUUCAGCAGCAUUAUUGCUCCAGUUUGGGGCUCCGCACUGCAGCAUUAUAGACACCAUUUCAUGUCUAUCAGAAGUACGCUCGCGGUGCUCCCUGUCCCCUUUCACGAGCUGUCCAAGACGAUCAACUUCUUAAAAGCGUAUCCCGAGGCUCAAUUAGAUCUACUUCUCUUGGGAUUUCUGAAUGGGUUUGGACAGCUGUUUGUCUUUUACACCAUUUAUCUCUUUGGGACCCUCACUCUGACUGCCAUGACGGUGACUCGCAAAGUAGGCAGCGUGAUGUUAUCGAUUAUAGUGUAUGGUCACUCUGUAAAGCCGCUACAGUGGCUGGCAUUCGCUAUCAUCGUGUCGGGUGUGAUCUGGGAAGGCCUAUUCAGUAUUAAAACUGUUGCGUCUUUAUCCAAGGACUCAUCCCUCACCGGUUCAAAGACGAAAACGGGUUGA